AUGACCAUGCAACCAUUAACUCCAGUGAACUGUGCAGGCCUUCUGCAGCCCGGCUGCUCUCUGCUACAGCUGGAUGGGGAACUUCUCCUGUUCGGCCAGAAAGGUUGGCCCAAGCGCUCGUGCCCGACGGGAGUGUUUGGGGUGCGGGUCAAAGGUGGCGAGAUGAAACUGAAGCCCAUCUGCUUUUCCAAUGACUCGUGCUACCUGCCUCCGCUACGCUGUCCGGCCGUCUGCCGCCUGGACCCCCAUGACGGGCUCCCAGAGAGCUACCUCAUCCAUGGCGGCCGCACCCCAAACAACGAAAUCUCAUCAAGCCUGUACCUGCUCACGAUGGACAGCCGUGGCUGCAAUCGAAAACUAACGCUGCGCUGCAAAGAGAAGGAACUGGUGGCGGAAGUUCCCGGGGCCCGAUACGGUCACACCAUGAGCGUAGUUCAAAGCCGAGGGAAGACGGCCUGCGUGCUGUUCGGGGGACGGUCCUACAUGCGCGCGGAAGAGCGGACCACCGAGAACUGGAACAGCGUCGUGGACUGUCUCCCGCAGGUGUUUCUGUUUGACCUGGAGUUUGGAUGCUCCUCCUCUCACACUUUACCUGAGCUCAGCGACGGGCUGUCGUUCCAUUUGGCCCUGACUCGGGAAGACUGCGUCUACUUCAUCGGCGGUCACUCGCUGGCCUCCGACUCCCGUCCGCCCCGCCUGUUUCGCCUGCGCGUUGAGCUCUUGCAGGGCAGCCCUCUGCUUUCUUGUGAGACUUUAGAAAACGGGUUGUCCAUCUCGAGCGCUAUCGUCACUCGCACGGGCCCCUCGCACAAAUACAUCAUCUUAGGAGGGUACAAGUCAGAUUCCCAGAAGAGGAUGGAGUGCAACACUGUGGUUCUGGAUGAGAAAACCAUUCACUUCGAGCAGCUCCAGUCACCCGAGUGGACCCCAGAUAUCAUCCACAGCCGCACCUGGUUUGGCGGCAGCGCUGGAGAGGGAAGUGUCCUGUUAGGUGUGCCAACUGAAGGAAGGCCGGCUCAGCCUGACAUGCAUUACAUGUAUCAGAUCAGCUUUCAAACCGAGGGAGAGCAUGAAGAAGAGCAGGGAGCACAGGCCUGCAGUCAGGAGUCGACAGAAUACGAUGACUCCACUCCUCUGGAAGACUCCGAAGAGCUCUACUUCGGCCGAGAGCCGCACGAGCUAGAGGACAGCAGCGAUGGUGAAGGGGACACUUACAACGAAGACGAUGAGGAAGAUGAAUCCCAAACCGGUUACUGGAUCAAAUGCUGCUUGGGCUGUCAGCUGGACUCCAACACGUGGGAGCCGUACUACUCUACUGAGCUCCAUCGACCCGCUAUGAUAUUCUGCUCCAGAGGAGAAGGGGGUCACUGGGUGCACGCCCAGUGCAUGGAGCUGUCCGAGACGCUGUUGCUCAAACUCUCUCAAGGCAACAAAAAAUUCUUCUGUUCGGAACACGGAGGGCUCCCGUACCAGGAAAUGACCCCACCCCGACCAAUUGCACCCCUGAGGCGCACUCCAAUGAAGGUUAUGGGCAGAAGAACCCUGAUGGCGCUCAACAUGUCCCCGGCCAAAAAGAGCUUCUUCAAAAGGCUUUUUGACUGA